AUAUGGAUGAUUUUAAAAAUGAGAUAAGGAUUGUGUUAGUUGGAAAGACAGGAACUGGUAAAAGUUCUACUGGAAACACAAUUCUGAAUCGUGAGGAAUUCAAGGCUGAAUGUCAAGGCCUAGCAGUUACGGAAAAAUCAUCAUUUGGAACUAGAACAUUGAACGGAAAAAAGUUGAUUGUAGUAGAUACACCAGGAUUUCUUGAUACACAUCGCGACCGGGAAGAAAUGAAAACGGAAAUAUCAAGGAGCGUUGGUAUUUAUGUUCCCGGGCCACAUGCAAUUUUGUUGGUAAUGCGAAUUGGUGAUAGACUUACUGAUGAUGACCAAAACUGCAUACAGUUAUUUACCGAAAUGUUUGGAGAACAGGUUUUUAAAUAUGCUAUAGUAGUUUUUACAAGAGGAAAUGACUUAAAUGGUAAACCUUUAAGUCAAUAUUGUCAGACAGUUCCUGAUGCAAUCUAAAAUCUUUUGACAAAAUGUAGUAAUCGUAUGGUUGCAUUUGACAACAACGGCACAUAUCAGGAAAAAACCGAAGCUGUAAAUUCUUUGCUUGGUAUGAUUGAUAACAUGAUUUAUGGACAAACAUAUUAUUCAAAUGAUAUGCUAUUAAGUGCCCAAGUUCCUUUCAUGGCAAGGUUAAGAGAAAUAAAACAGCCAGAUGCAGUAAGAAGGGAAAUUGAAGCUGGAGGAACUGCAUUCGAAAACGUAGUGAUUGCUCUUGGACUAGUCGGGGCCUUCUUUUUCUUGAUUGAUGGUCCAUCUGAUAUAGCUGAAAAAGUUGGUGGAGCUGCAGUUAAAGCGGUCAACGAUGGUGGUUCUACAGUUGUAGCUGUAACUGCAGAAGCCACUGUAGCUGCAAUUACUUCCAAUCUUAAUUUGUAGUUGACAACUGGCGUUACGUUUAUUUCCCAGAGGUUAAUGUUUUUAAUUUUGAGUGUGAU